ACAACUUCGUACACUUUCUAGUGCGACAGCUAAAAUAAAUAAAUAAUUAUUUGUGUAAUCAAAAUAUGUCAACAAUUUAAAUAUAAUUUUCACUUGAAGAAAUCAUCACGUAAUACACAAUCGUAAAAACAUUCAAUGAAAAUCGUACGUAGAACAAUUUAAAAUUGUACAAUGUCCUUGCAUACAUAUGGAUAAUAGACUUAUAAAAAUCGGAUAAAACACUUAUAAAAAUUGUUAAAAAAAUAUACAAAGUGCUUGAAAUUUUGUGCACGUUAAAACACACAAUUUGUGUAUCAUUUACCACCCUCCCUUGACAAAUGCCAAUAAUUUGCUGGCUUACUUCCAUAUUCCCAUAGUUUGUAUUAUGCAUAAAUAUUAUUGUAAAUAUCUCAAAAUAAUAUGGCUGAAGAGAACAGAGGUGGGCCCCCACACAGAUCAAGUCAGCCUCCGAAACAAUAUGAUUAUUUACUAAAAGUCCUCCUUGUCGGUGACAGCGAUGUUGGGAAACAGGAGAUUCUAUCCGGUUUGGAAGACGGGUCUGUGGAAUCCCCAUUUGGAACAGCUUAUAAGACGACAACAAUCCUGCUAGAUGGUAAAAGAGUCAAGUUACAAUUAUGGGACACGUCCGGUCAAGGCAGGUUUUGCACGAUAAUACGUUCGUAUUCAAGAGGUGCUCAAGGAGUCUUGCUUGUGUACGAUAUAACCAACAAAUGGUCUUUCAAUGGGAUCGAUAGGUGGCUCAAGGAAGUAGACGAGCAUGCCCCAGGUGUUCCAAAAGUUUUAGUAGGUAAUCGUUUACACUUAGCCUUUAAAAGACAAGUGGGAGCCCGUGAGGCUGAAUUGUAUGCCCGAAGACACGGCAUGGCCUGUUUCGAAGCAAGCCCCCUUUGUGAUUUCAACAUUCGGGAGUCUUUCAGUGAAUUGGCUAGAAUGGCUCUGCAUAGGAACGGCAUGGAAAGGCUAUGGAGAGGAAACAGAGUUCUGAGUCUCCAGGAGCUCUGCUGCCGAGCAAUAGUACAAAGGACCAGCGUCUACAGCAUAGACCAGCUCCCCUUGCCUCCUCUGGUGCGAAAUCACUUGAAAUCCUACGCCCUGGUCAGCGGUUCCCAAUGGAGGCCCACGACGUCCCUGAGCAACUCCUCCAAUUCCAAAGGAACCAGCAAUUCCACGUCCUGUUUCCGGGUCGUCCACAAAUUGGGGGGCGGCGACAGUGGUAUAUCCAGGGACAGCGGUAGAAAUUCUUGUACCAUAUCGUGAUUAGUAGUAAAGGACACUUCUGAUAAACUGAGUGUGUGAUGGUGACGAUGACGAUUAUGAUGAUGAUGAAAUUAUUAUUUGUGAUAACGAUGGUGAAGUUUUAUUGAACUUUUAUAUUAUGACUAACCAUUGCACCCAAAUGGGGCGUUUUUGUAUUUUGUAUCUAUUUAAUGUUGACUAACACAAAUUUGAUGUAGGUUUAUUUUUUAUUUCUUUUGGCCGACUUACCGAAAUAAAAUCCUUAAAAUAUU